GAGGGGAGGGGGCGGCGGUCCCGGCCCGGGGAUUUCUCACCUUUGCCGGGUUUGGCCGGCCCCAGAAAGGCAGCAGAAAGUUCAGCAUGCAGGAAGUUUGGGGGCAGCUCGGAGAGUAACUCGGCAGCCGUGACUGCUGUUUCGGGUGGUGUGGUUUUUUUGGUUUUUUUCGGGGUUUUUGUGUGCUUUUUUUUCCCUUUUCUUCCCUGCAUACAACUCCCCCAAACACGCAAGCAACCCGCAACAACAACAACCAAAAAGUCCGGGAAGGGGGAGAGAACACGAGAGAGGGAAGCACCCUGGGUGGGGAGAGCCGGGUUUCUUUGCAGAGACACGGUCCCGUUCACAGCGGAUCCCAAUGCAACUGCUCAUCCUCCUCCUCCUCUACGCUGUCGUCUGUGCGAACUUUUGCAGCCGUCAGGGCACCACUGCCCCUGCCCAGAGCGGAUCUAUAAAAGCCUUGCGGUCCUCGAAUAUCAGGCGAGAUGAGAGCAAUCACCUCACAGACUUGUACCGAAAAGAAGAGACAAUCAGCGUGGCAGGGAACGGCUGCAUCCACAGUCCUCGCUUCCCCAGCAGUUACCCCAGGAACCUCUUGCUGACAUGGCGGCUCCACUCCCCGGAGAGCACCAGGAUCCAGCUGGCUUUUGAUAAUCAGUUUGGACUGGAGGAGCCCGAAAAUGAUAUCUGCAGGUAUGACUUUGUGGAAGUGGAAGAUGUAUCAGAGACCAGCACGGUUAUACGAGGACGGUGGUGUGGACACAAGGAAGUACCUCCGAGAAUAACAUCAAGAACAAAUCAGAUAAAGAUAACCUUCAAAUCCGAUGACUACUUUGUGGCUAAACCUGGAUUCAAGAUUUGUUACUCCCUUGUGGAUGAUUUCCAACAUGCAGCCUCAGAAACCAACUGGGAGUCAGUCACAAGCUCUGUCUCAGGGGUAUCCUAUCCCUCUCCAUCAGUGACUGACCCUACGCUCACAGCGGAAGCACUGGAUCAGACCAUUGCUGCAUUUGACACAGUGGAGGAUCUGCUCAAACACUUUAACCCGGACUCCUGGCAAGAAGAUCUUGAGAAUUUGUACACAGACAGUGGCCACCAUUAUCGAGGCAGGAGCUACCAUGACAGGAAGUCCAAAGUUGACCUGGACAGGUUGAAUGAUGAUGUGAAACGUUACAGCUGCACUCCGAGAAACUACUCUGUCAAUUUAAGGGAGGAACUGAAGCUGACAAACGUAGUUUUCUUCCCCCGCUGCCUCCUUGUCCAGCGCUGUGGAGGAAACUGUGGCUGUGGGACUUCGAACUGGAAGUCCUGCACUUGCAUGUCAGGGAAAACAGUGAAAAAAUAUCAUGAGGUGCUGAAAUUCGUCCCUGAGGCUGGGCAUACCAGAAGAAAAGGCAGAACCAGGAACAACAUGGCCUUAGUAGAUAUACAGCUGGAUCACCAUGAGCGUUGUGAUUGUAUCUGCAGUUCAAGACCACCCCGAUAA